AUGCGAAUCGAAACAACACAAGGAACAACAACGAAUGCUAUUGGACUAAAUCUUAAAAGUUUACAGUUUUGGAAUCAUUUUAUGUAUUUAUUAACACGUAUUAUUAAUGAAGAUCGAGAAAGAUAUAGUUCAGUUUUAAAUCAAUUUCCGUCGGAAAUAAAUGUUGGUCAUAUAAGUGCAGAAACUUUAAGGAAAUUAUUUUCAGCUAAUCUUUUAGAACAUUUAGAAGGUAAUUUUUGUUAAAUUUCGAUAAAUAAAAUAGAAUAGUUAUUGAAUCUAUUUAUACAUUUACUACAAUUGCUAAUCAUCAAAUGAAAAAAAAACUUACCAUGCGACUUCAUAAAUUUUGUUGCUCGAUUUGGACGUACAUCUAUCAUUGAUUACGUACACAGUUUUUGUGACAUACAAUGGGCUAUUUAAUUUCAAUCUGAAUUUAUCAAAUAAAAAUAAGACUUUAUUUCAAACUGAAACGUGAGUCUAGGAGUGAGGGGGGUGGGUGACUGAGGGUGUGGGUGUUGGUCUGGGACCCACACACACACCCACACCCAUGGUGCGGGUGUGGGCGCGCGGGUGAGGGUGAGGGUGUGCGUGGGGUGUUGUGUACUAUAGG